AUGCUCCACCACGCGAAGCAGGCAGCUAAGCGGCUGGCAGGUCAUGUAGUCCCCGGACUAGCAGAGAGCCAUUCCGGUGGCGGCCGACAGAAGGCAGCGCGGAAGACGGGCAAGAAGUACAAACGGGCGGAGAAGAAGGAAAGACGACGGACGGAAUAUUACGAUGGCAAGAGGAUGCCAGCGUCGUCGCCAAACGUGGCGAGGACCUCGCAUCCCGCGGUCCACCCACAUGUGCAGGUAGUGACACCGGGACCGUACUACAGUUACCCGCAACCGCAGGUCCCGGCACCCCCACCGCAUUAUUACGGACAGCCAGAACGACAUCCCCGAUCGCACUAUGCUCCAAGACGCGAGCCUCGUGAGCACGAUCCCGGACGUAGAGCUGACUACGCACCUCCGCCCCCGUCCCACCGACCGCGCCGACCAUCCGUGCACCACCCGGAUUCGUACUUCGCAAGACCGUCGAGCGCACCACGCCCCCCGCCUUCUACCCACUCCACCAACAGGGUCAGGGCUGCUCCGCUGCAGUACCCUGUGCACUACGGAUACUUCUACUGA